AUGGUGGCGACUCCCACGUUUCAAGAGGAACAGGACCACACAAGCAUUGCAUUCAUCUCCUUUUGCGACAGAUCACAGAGUGAUCCAUUACUACUCCGAUCUCCAUCCAAACAACUUUUGACUCCUUCCAUUCUCAACCAACAACGUCCAACCACCCAAAGAAACACCGGCAACCUUGUUGCUUGCUUGCCCAUCCAAAGUGUGACACCCUUCAUUGGUAACAUCCAGAUGCGCCAUCAGGAA